GUACUAAAUUAGAAACAUGAGAACAAACUUGACUCGUGCUAAUCGUUGUUAUACAAAAUAUUUCUUUUUACUAUCUAUAGUAUCUUUAUAAGGAACAACCAGAAUUACUUAUGAACAACAAAUGAAAAAUAUUAGCGUUGCUAUUAAAACAACGGUGCUUACUAAAAUAGUAUUGCUAUAAAUAUAAAUUUGUUUAUGUCUCCAAAAAACAUGGAAGAAAAUAAAAUUGAAGUAGUGAUUGAAAGUUCGGAAAACAAAUUCAAGGUUUCAGGAUGGGGCUACAGACACCAGCAGUGUUUCAUCCUGUUCUGCACUCUAACCAUAGCAUACAGCAUGAGGUCUUGUAUGGGGGUAGCGCUGGUGGCCAUGACAGACCACCACGUAAGGGGGAACGGGACCAACGUUACCGAUGCCAACAACUUCGAAACUGAUGGAUUUCUGAACGCUCUAAUGAUUGUACCGCCAUAUCCUGCAUUUAGUUGGUCAAAGAAAGUUCAAGACACUGUGAUCGCUUCCUUCUUCUGGGGCUACAUGCUGCUGCAGAUCCCGGCGGGACAGAUAGCGCACAGGUUUGGGACCAGGUACCUGCUCAGUGGCGCCAUGAUGAUCAACUGCUUAGUUUCUAUCUUUUUCCCAGUAGCUGCGUACUACGGUGGCUGGUUAUGCUCUGCAAUAUGCAGAGUCCUACAAGGUUUGAGUCAGGCCUGCAUCUUACCUGGACUACAUACUGCUUUGGGCAAGUGGGCGCCUUUACAUGAACGGGGAAGAAUGUCUGCUUUCGUUUAUGGAGGUCAAGCAUUAGGAACAGUAUUUGGUCUCCCCAUAACCGGCUUCAUUGCUUCCUCACCUAUGGGUUGGCCUGGCAUAUUCAGGUUUUAUGGAACAGUGUCUGGUAUCCUUAGCGUCGUGCUGUGGUUCAUGGCUGCUGACUCUCCGGCAAAGCAUCCUAAAAUAUCAGCUGGUGAAAGAAAGUACAUAGAAGAUGAACUAGGAUCGGGAGAAGCGGCUAAGCGUGCGCCAGUUCCGUGGGGAAAAAUACUUCGUCAUAAAGGUCUGUACGCUAUUGUGAUCUCACACAUUGGUCAGACUUGGGGACAGAUCACUCUCUACUCCGAGGUUCCAGCCUUCAUGGAUAAAAUUAUGGGAGUCAACAUUAAAGCGAAUGGUUUGCUAACAGCUCUCCCGUUCUUAGUGAUGUGGUUCACCAAUUUUUUCUUCAGUUGGAUGACAGACAUGCUCAUUGUCAAGAACAUUUUGAGCGUUACAAAUACUAGAAAGUUGGCUAAUUCAUUAGGAAACUUCCCAGCAGCGAUUGGUCUGGUUACAUUAGCUUUUGUUCCAAAAGACAUAUACGUUAUAGAAACUAUAUUAAUACUCAUUUGUGGAUUCAAAAUAUCAGCGCACUUGGGAUUCCACAUCAACCACAUUGACAUUUCUCCAAAUUACGCUGGAACUAUGAUGAGUAUCAGUAACUUCGUUUCCAAUUCCUGUGCCUCCAUGGCACCUCUCGUUGUUGGCUUUAUUCUUACUGAUGUGACUGAUGAAAUCCUCUGGAGAAAAAUCUUCUUUGUAGCAGCUGGCAUUUACUUCUUCACAAAUAUAGUAUAUCUCAUACUUGGUACUGCUGAGAAGGCUGAAUGGAAUGACCCACCCGAAGAAAAAACUGAAAAAGCUGAUGAAGAGAGUGUACCUAUGAUGGAUAAAUCUAAAAAUGGUGUAAAUUAAACUGAUAUAUAGGUUGAAAUGUGUACAUUUGGCUUGAAGAUAAAAUGGCGGAAAAGAUAUGAAUGUCUAAGAUUCUUAAAAUAAAGUCAAGCAAGAUAAACCGACUUCAUAAAAUAAUGAAUGUACUGUAAUGUACAUAUUAUUAUUAAUGAUUUUAAUUCGUGGGUCCUGGUUUUAAGAAGUUUUAUGUUUUUUUUUCUAGUUUUUUGGGAUCAAGAAAAGCUCGAAUAGAUUUUAGCUGUGACAUUUAAAAGCUCGAAUAGAUUUUAGCUGUGACAUAAAUGUCACAGCUAAAAUCUAUUCGAGCUUUUCCAGACAGUUUACUGUCUGGAAAAUAAUAUUAAGAAUAACACCAAGCAAAUGUUCUUGAUUAUAAUUUUCGUUCUAUGUUUAGAUGAUCUUUUAGAUGCGGAAGAGAAUACUGCCACUUUUAGUUAGAUAAUUAGUUAAAUUGUGAUUUUUAUAUUUUAGUAUUAUUUACGUCUCCAAAGAUUGAAAAAAAAAUCGAUUUAUAACUUUACUAGGAAUAAGUUUGUUUAGCAUUAAGUAAAUUAGACUUAAGUAUUUUUUUUUUAAUAUUUAAUAAAUAAUAUUACGUAUCCCUA